AUGGCUUCUGUUCUCGCCUCCUGCUUCCUCUGUGCGCUCAUUCUUCCACUGGCGCAAGCCUUUACGCACGACGACAUGAAGGACGCCCUGUUAAAGAAACUAGGGCUCAGUGAGGUUCCUCAGAUUCAUAAACGGGACCUGGAGAACCUAGUGGUGCCGGUGCACAUUAAGAACAAGUACCUGUCCAUGCUGAAGCUUCACCGCGAAAGGAGGCGCCGCUCUGUUCCCAGUUUGGCUGGGAUUUUACGCGGCAUCCCAGGGAACGCAGACAUCUCUGGAGAGUUUGUGUAUUCUGACACGACACGGCAGCGCGUAAUGUUCGAGAUGAACUCGAGGAUUCCGGAUAACAGCGAGGUGACGAUGGCCGAGCUGAAGCUGUACAAGAAAGCGCCUCAGACGCGCUCCGUGCCCGAGAGGAAGGGGCAGAAACCGGUCAACAACGCGCGGGUCAGCAUUUACUGGGUGGAAAUGCUCAGGAACGGCUCCAACCGCACUUCCCUCGUCGACUCCAGGUUGAUUCCAAUCCGUGAAUCGGGCUGGAAGAGCUUUGACGUCACGCAGGCUGUACAUUACUGGUCCAAGAGCGAGCGGAGCGCACACAUGCACCUGGAGGUGUGGAUCGAGGGUGAGAGACCUGGCAGUUACGCAGCGGAAAUGGCCAAGAGCGUCCGGUUUACCAGUCAGGAACCGAGCGACGUCCUGGGGAAACCCGAACUCAUCCUCUACACACUUAGCCUUGAAGAGUUUGGUUCACACGGUGACUGUGAGCCAAACAGAAGUAAGGAUCUGUGCUGCAGGGAGGAAUACUUCAUUAAUUUCCGCGCUCUGACCUGGACGCAGUACUGGGUGAUCGAGCCUGCGGGGUAUCAGGCAUUUCGCUGUGCAGGGGGCUGCAGGCAGCCACAGAACGGGGUUUACACUUAUGGCCAAAGGAAAUGUGCAGUAGUGGAAAGCGCCCCACUGCCCAUGAUGUACCUGGUGAAAAAGGGAGAUUACACCGAAAUCGAAGUAGCCGAAUUUCCGAACAUGAUCGUAGAGAAGUGCGGCUGCGCCAUGGACAACGUUUCCCUUGUAUGA